CUUAAGCACCUUUGUGUGGAAGAGGACAAAUACAUAUUUGACAUAGAUGAACACAUGAAGACCAGUAGUCCAAGGAACCCCAAUACAAGAAUCGAAAUAGCUAGAUAUGAGCCGGAUGUUUCCAUUUCUCCUUUCACUUGCCUUAAGGCGUAUAUUGACAGCACAAAAGUUUUGCGUAAAGAUGAAACAAAAUUAUUUGUUAGUUAUGUUAGCCCACAUAGACCUGUCUCCAGGGACACAAUUUCCAGGUGGACUAAGAAACCCUCCACCUUUGUGGGGUGGAUACCAAAGUGUUCUCUGCCCAUAGCACUAGGUCAGCCUCCGUUUCAAAAGCCAGUGCCAAAGAUGUCCCUGUUCACGAGAUCAUGGCCAGGGCUGGCUGGAAAUCCGAAGAGACUUUUCAUAAAUAUUACAAUAAGACUGUUAUUCAAGAAGACAGUGUGGCCUCUGCUGUUCUGGGCGCUAGCCCAC